UAUCUAGGAAGCAGAAAAUAAAUAAAUAAAUAAAUAAAUAAAUAAAAAUCUAAAACUCAGUUGUUUUCCUCCAAUGCUUCAGCUUCCAUUAUCUCUCCCAACAACCUCCCCAAGGUAUGCCACACUUAGCCCUCUCUCUUGAUUUUUCUUGUCUUUACUUCUAAAUAAAUGCCAGAAUCUUUAUUUGAAUCCACUCUCAACCAUGGCCUUUCUCAGAUUAUCCAUUUCUUUGGAUGCAAACAAGUCCAAUUUCUCUAAAAACCCACUCCAAUUGCCCUCUCAUAUCUCACCUUUUUCCAUUUCUAAUUGCAUUCCCUCGUCUAAAGCUUGCUUAAUUACCAUUUUGAGUAGAUUCAGUCCUGUUAAAGUCUCUCGGAUUGAAACUGAAUUGUCUGAGAGUGAUGCUGUUUUAUCCACAUCACGCGAUUUGGUCCAUAAAAACUUAAAUCAUGAUUUGAUUGAGCGGAACCCGGAUUCGAAACGUGAAAUCAGGAAAAAUUAUAGGGGUGCGAAGAAAGGGAGGAAAAGACAAGUGGGAUUUAAGUUUAAUAACAAAAGGAAUAGUAGUCGAGAAGAAAGAGAGGAAUUUUUUGUGCAUGAUACUGAAUUGGAUGUUAAUUACUCUGUUAUUCACUCUAACUUGAGCUUAGAACAAUGUAAUUUUAUUUUGAAAAAGCUUGAGAGGUGUAGUUGUGAAAGUAAAACUUUGAGGUUCUUUGAGUGGAUGAAGAGUAAUGGGAAGCUAGAAGAGAAUUUGGAUGCUUAUAAUGCGAUUCUUCGAGUGUUGGGCAGUAGAGAAGAUUGGGAUUUUGCAGAGAGGAUGAUUAGAGAAGUGAGUGGUAGCUUUGGUACUGCGCUAGAUUUUCGGGUUUUUAACACGCUAAUUUAUGUUUGUUCUAAACGGAGGCUUAUGGAGCUGGGUGGGAAAUGGUUUCGAAUGAUGUUGGAACUUGGUGUGCAGCCCAACAUGGCCACCUUUGGCAUGCUCAUGGGGCUUUUCCAAAAGGGUUGGAACGUCGAGGAGGCAGAAUUUGUGUUUUCCCAAAUGAGGAGUUUCAGAAUUAUAUGUCAGUCUGCAUACUCUGCCAUGAUUACUAUUUAUACUCGUUUAAGAUUGUAUGACAAAGCAGAAGAAGUUAUUGGCUUAAUGAGAGAAGAUAAAGUGGCAUUGAAUUUGGAGAAUUGGUUGGUGUUGGUUAAUGCUUAUAGUCAGCAAGGCAAGUUAGAAGAGGCUGAGCAGGUGUCGGUUGCAAUGCAAGAAUCCGGGUUUUCCCCCAAUAUUGUUGCUUAUAAUACGCUGUUAACUGGGUAUGGCAAGCUAUCAAACAUGGUUGCUGCUCAACGCCUAUUCUUGGAAAUCCAGAAUGUUGGAUUAGAGCCUGAUGAAACAACUUAUCGUUCCAUGAUUGAGGGUUGGGGUCGAACUGGCAAUUAUAAGGAGGCAGGAUGGUAUUAUUCAGAGCUCAAACGGUUGGGAUUCAAGCCUAACUCAUCUAACUUGUAUACGCUAAUAAACUUACAAGCCAAACAUGGUGAUGAAGAGGGUGCUGUGAGAACUCUUGAUGAUAUGCUGAAGAUGGGAUGCCAGUAUUCUUCGAUUCUUGGCACUCUACUGAAAUCAUAUGAGAGGGCUGGAAGGAUUAGUAAAGUACCUCUCCUUUUGAAAGGUUCCUUCUAUCAACACGUUCUUGUAAAUCAGACUUCUUGCUCCAUUCUGGUAAUGGCUUAUAUGAAAUAUUGCUUGGUCGAUAAUGCUUUAAAAGUGUUGGGGGACAAAGAGUGGAAUGAUCCAGUUUUUGAGGACAACUUGUAUCAUUUGUUGAUUUGCUCAUGCAAGGAGUUGGGGCAUCUUGAGAAUGCUGUUAAGAUAUACAAUCAAAUGCCCAAGUCUAAUGGUAAGCCAAACUUGCACAUCUCAUGCACUAUGAUUGACAUUUACAGUUCCCUUGGCCUAUUUACUGAAGGGGAGAAACUCUAUCUACAACUAAAAUCUUCUGGAAUUGCUUUAGACAUGAUUUCCUUUAGCAUUGUUGUAAGAAUGUAUGUCAAAGCUGGAUCCUUGAAAGAUGCUUGUUCUGUUCUUGAAACAAUGGAGAAGCAGAAAGACAUAAUUCCAGACAUUUAUCUACUCCGUGACAUGCUUCGUAUUUAUCAACGAUGUGGAAUGAUGAGCAAAUUAAAUGAUCUGUAUUAUAAAAUCUUGAGAAGUGAGGUUGUUUGGGAUCAAGAAUUGUAUAGUUGUAUCAUAAAUUGUUGUGCUCGUGCUCUACCGGUUGAUGAACUUUCCAGACUUUUCAAUGAGAUGCUUCAUCGUGGCUUUUCUCCUAAUACUAUAACCUUCAAUACCAUGCUGGAUGUUUAUGGGAAAGCUAAGUUAUUCAAGAAGGUUAGGAAAUUAUUCUGGAUGGCUAGAAAACGAGGCUUGGUUGAUGUAAUCUCUUACAAUACUGUGAUAGCUGCAUAUGGACAAAAUAGAGACUUCAAGAAUAUGGCUUCAACCGUAAAGAGAAUGCAAUUUGAUGGUUUUUCAGUUUCCCUUGAAGGCUACAAUUGCAUGUUGGAUGCAUAUGGAAAGGAAGGUAAAAUGGAGAGUUUUAGAUGUGUCUUACAGAGAAUGAAGCAAUCAAGGUGUAAUUCUGACCAGCAUACAUACAACAUUAUGAUCAAUAUUUAUGGACAGCAAGGAUGGAUUGAUGAAGUAGCAGGGGUGCUGACAGAAUUGAAAGAAUGGGGACCAGGGCCUGAUUUGUGCAGCUAUAACACAUUGAUAAAGGCAUAUGGAAUUGCUGGGAUGAUUGAAGACGCCAUCAAUUUGGUCAAGGAAAUGAGACAAAAUGGGAUAGAGCCUGACAAGAUAACCUACACCAAUUUGAUUACUGCUUUGCAAAAGAAUGAUAAAUACUUAGAAGCUGUUAAAUGGUCAUUGUGGAUGAAGCAGCUGGGGCUAUAAAGCGCACAGAUGUUAUGUACAUAUAUUUUACCUUUUUUGUAUUUGCGUCAGCAAUGCUGUCCCCAUAUUCAGAAGCAGCCUGGGUCAGAUGCUACUUGAGAUAGCUCAACAUUUUUGCCACCCUUGAUUGUAGACAUUCUGGAGCAUCCUGUUCUAUGUGAAAUUAAUGGCAUCUGGAGGUAAAGAAAGUGAUGGGAUCCUUGCUUUCGUUGCUUUGAGAAGAGCGGCACAUAGAAGUGCAACAUGCAUCUUUGGAUUCCUUAGAUGAAGUAAAAUUGUAACAUGGAACUCAAGUAAGGAGUUGGAAAACACAUAAUGAAGUAGUAUGCGUUUCAGCUUUGAAAACUUGCUGAUGUCUUGUAUGUUCUUUCUAGUAAAGUCAUUCAAAAAGUCCACAGUAAUUACUUCAAUCGAUUUCAUCUUUAUAAAUCGAAGUAAACCUUCAUUUUGGUUGAGGAGCAAA